GGCAUUCGCCCAGGGCUCCAACACAAGCACUCGUCAGCUGGUGCGUCUGGGUGGCGACAGUGAAAAUGUUUAGUGUCAUCGGCGACAAAUACACGUCCAGGGGACCCCAAUAGGCAGGCUGGUGUGGCGGGGGGGCGGGUAGCGGGGGGACAGGCAGGAAGCCAGGAGUGAAGUCUGACAUAGGUGUGUGCACACACAUCCGUGUGGCUGGUCACACGUGUGCAUACUUGAAGGAGACUUUAGUUUUGGUUUUUGUUUUGGUUCCCGGGGUGAAUUUUCUGCUGAAUGGUUCCCCCUCUCAUUUAUUUAUUUAUUUAUCUUUUUUUUUGCAUUUUUAAAAAAUUUGAAUAUAAACAAAGUGUAAGAAUCCAAACUUUGAAAAGACUGAGGCGCGCGCAGCAGGAGACGGCAGAUGGAUCCCGUGGCCAGCAGCUGCAUGAGGAGCCCCCACCCCCCAGCCCCGGGCUGGGGCUGCCUUCGAAAUCCCCACGCAGAAGGCACUGGGGGCUCAGGUCUGCCCCACUACCCGCCAACACCGUUCUCCUUCCACCAGAAACCAGACUUUCCGGCGACAGCAGCGGCAGCAUACCCCGACUUCUCGGCCUCCUGCCUGGCAGCCACCCCACACAGCCUUCCCCGGGAGGAGCGCCUCUUCACUGAGCAGCACCCCGCUUUCCCACAGCCCCCGGACUGGAACUUCCCCGUCUCCGAGGCCCGGCGCAGGCUCAACCCGGGCCCAGCUGGGGGCUCCGGGGAGAUGGGGGCCAACAGCCCAGGCCUGGUGGACACCACGGGAGGCCCAGGUGAGGACUACGAGGUCCUCGGGAGCACUGCCCAUGAGACAGAGAAGAAGUCAACCAGACGGAAAAAGGAGAGUCCAGACAACCAGGAGAGCCGAGGGAAGCCCGAGGGAGGCAGCAAGGCUCGCAAGGAGAGGACAGCCUUCACCAAGGAGCAGCUGCGGGAGCUCGAGGCCGAGUUUGCGCACCAUAACUACCUGACCCGGCUUCGGAGAUACGAGAUCGCCGUGAACCUGGACCUCUCCGAGCGGCAGGUCAAAGUGUGGUUCCAGAACCGAAGGAUGAAGUGGAAGCGUGUGAAAGGGGGUCAGCCAAUCUCCCCCAACGGGCAGGACCCUGAGGAUGGGGACUCUGCUGCCUCUCCAAGUUCAGAGUGAGAUUCUCCAUGGAGAAAGAAAGACUGAGGACUGAGCCCCCUACCCAGCUA